UCAUCAGGGGAUAAGAAGAAGAAGUCUGGGCCUGUGACAUGGAAAUCUUUAGCAAUAACAUUUGCUAUUGGAGGCUCUCUGCUUGGAGCGAUGAAAUUUUUCAAGAAAGAAAAGGAAGAACUCAUUGAAAAAGAGCGGAACAAAUCCAUCGGUCGACCAGCGCUGGGCGGUCCGUUCUCGCUCAUCGAUCACAACAACAAGCCCACCAAGAGUGAGGAUUUCCUCGACCAGUGGGUUCUCAUCUAUUUUGGGUUCACUCACUGCCCCGACAUCUGCCCGGAUGAAUUAGAGAAAAUGAUUGAAGUGGUGGAUGAAAUAGACAAAAUAAAGUCUAUUCCAAACUUGACGCCGAUCCUCAUCACCAUUGAUCCUGACAGGGACACGCCAGAGGCCUUGGCUGCGUAUGUGAAAGAGUUUUCUCCAAAGCUGAUUGGCCUCACAGGUACGACGCCUCAGAUUGAGCAGGUUUCCAGAGCCUACAGAGUGUAUUACAGUCAGGGACCAAAGGACGAAGACAACGACUACAUUGUCGAUCACACCAUCAUCAUGUACCUCGUUGGACCCGACGGAGAAUUUGUGGAGUAUUUUGGACAGAACAAAAGAAGUGUGGAGAUCACCAACUCGAUAGCAGCACAUAUGAGGAAGUACAAGAAGGCAAAGUGAGCAGCAGAUCAGUAAAAGACCACUAUGGACCGACAGAUUCUGUCCACAGGUGUUAACUUAAAUCACUACUGCCAGUUGAUAUAUUUAUUUUGACCAUGCUGAUGGUAAUGCGACUGCAGUAACAUUCCUUUCAAUGAGUGGUGUGCAGAAGAAAACAGGUCUGAUGCCUGUUAUUGCUUUUCAUGAUACAGUUCACACUCCUGCUGAGUGGACAUAAUUUGUAAAAGGCUACAAGUGCCCCCUCUUAAAAUUUAUUGUACACAUCAGCUCCAAUGAGCUCAAUAUCUUUGGUUUCUGAUGCAAAUAAGGAGGAAAUGUCUGAAGACAAAUGGUGGACAUAAAGUGAGUGAACAUUUGAUUUUUGUGAUAAAAUCCAAAAUACAACUCUG